UAUUUAAAAUUAAAUGAUGAAAAAAAAUUUGAAAAUUUGAAUGACAGCAAUAUUUCUAUGUAUUAUUACUUGAUGGGCUCCUAUCUUGAAAAAAUAGAAGAUAAAGUAAAAAAUAUAAUUGAAGCGAUUCGAAGGCCGGUCUUAAGCAUCGAAGAUAGAUUAUUAAAUUAUGAAGCAAAUAAAUUGGCAUUGGAUAUGUUUAAAGACUACUUGAGGGAAGAAACAUGUGACGAGAGGACAUCCAGUCAAUUUUAAGUAUGCAAGGAACUUCAAAAUCGUAUAAGAUGUGAUAGAAAACUAUUGGAAGACACAAUAAUUCCCAAAUUACGAAAUGAGUUUUAUGUUAUGAGUUGUAAGGAAAAAAUAACAACAGAUAUUUAUAUAAGCUUAACAACAAUGGAUUAUAAAAUUGAUCAGAAGGCAUUGCAUGCAAUUGUAACUUCAGCAAUAGAUUUCAUCAACACAAAACCGGAAGAAUAUAAAAAAAAUAAUCAAAAUAUCAAACUUGCAAUUGAUAUUUUGGAAAUUUAUGUCAAAGUUCAAUCGAAAAAAUUAAAAGAAGACAAAAAGAAUAAAACAAAUGAUGAUAGUCAACUUAAGAAAAAUCAUCCCUCUGACGAUAAAACAAAAUCACCUUCUGAAAGCAAGCCUUUAAAAACAAAAUCUGAUAUAAAUUCUGAAAAUAAACAACAACAAAAUGAAAGAGUAAAAAACUUAUCCAAAAACAUUGAUUAUUAUAUGGAGGCACCAUACGAAACAAAAUAUUCAGAAAAACAUACCAGAAAAAGGAACAUUUUUUAUGCCCUUAUAUGGUUAGCUGAAUUGAACGGAGUACUUUGUAAUAAUUUAGAAGAUAAUAUUUUGGAUUAUGAAACAGCAUUAAACAAAUAUAUAAAUGAAGCUUACGAGUUUGGAGAAAAAUACUAUGUCAUGAAUCAUAUUAAUAAAAAUGAUACACAUUUGACGUAUCUAAAACAUAAAUAUCAAGCCAAAAAGCUAUAUACUAAGAGUCGUUGGGAAAUGUCUACUUGGCCGGGUGGCUGGGUCAGUUCACCCAGUACAUCACUGGUUCAAAUAAAUCAUUGCCAAAUAUUAAACGCCUUAACCUUAAAUGAUGUAUCAUCAAGAGUGAAUGAUUACCUAAACUAUAUAAAAAAUGGUUCAUAUUUUCAAUUCAUUAAUAAGAUAGAAUUAAAUAUUCUACUAUAUAGAAAUGUUAAGAAUAAGAACUCUAAUGAUUUUGAUACAAUGUACAGAUAUUUAAAGGAUGCUAUUAACGAAGUGGUCAUUACUUCAGAGGAUCGAGUGAGAAAUAUGGAAGCUCAUGAACUGUUGAGUAGAUUGUUAAUGAAGCGUAAUAGACAUGAAAUUAAAAUGGUAAAUAACAAUUUAAUUUGAUUAUGUUCACCUAGUGUUUAUAUUUGUGUCCAACAAUACCACAACUAUCUACCUUAAAAAUUACACAAAUAAGCAUACCAAGAUUCAGGUGCCUGAUAACUUUGAACUGAUACUUUGAUAAUUGCAGAUUCUGGAGGCAUGCACAUAUUUUGUGUCGUGUACUGUGAAAUGUUGAAGGUGGUAGGGAUGAUGUUACAAUUCAGUAUACUCAAAACUACAUU